UGCAAGCAUUUUAAAAUAAACCAUGUUAACCAUAAGAAAAUCAUCAGUUUAUCGUCUGCUGGAGAGACUCACCAGAACACGUGAUGUCACUGUUAAUGGCUCCUCCUCUUCCUCUGGUGUUUCUGCUCAUGAUUCACGUGUGUGUUUCAGGGGUUUCUAGUGCUGAUUGGGAUGUGAAAUACAGACCUUCACACAUCUGUGCACUAAAGGACUCAUCAGUGAUAAUGAAGUGUAUUUAUGAAAACCCAUCUAAAGAUAAAAUCAAGAAAGUGUUCUGGACAAAAGGCCCUGUAAAAAAGGGUGUAGAUCCUCCAGAUCUGUCUGAGGACCCUGAAUACAGUCAGAGGCUUCAGUAUCUGGGAGAUAAACAGCAGAACUGCACCAUCAGACUGAGUCAUGUGACACUGAAGGAUUCACACAUGUACUAUUUCAGAUUCACUACUGGAAAAGAUGAUGGUAAAUGGACUGGUGAUCCAGGAGUGACCCUUAAUGUCACAGAUCUUCAGGUGGAGUCUCCUGAGAGAGUGACAGAGGGAGAUUCAGUCCGUCUGACAUGUAAAAGCAGCUGCACUCUGACUGACAGAGCAACAUUCAUCUGGUACAGAAACUCACAGCCAUUAACUGAGAGAAGAGACAGAAACAAUGAACUCCUGCUGCAGUCAGUCAGAAGAGAGGAUGCAGGCAGAUAUAGCUGUGCUGUACACGGACACAAUCACAUCUCUCCUGCUGUGCAGCUCAAUGUUAUGUACCCUCCCAGGAACGUUUCAAUCUCCAUCAUUCAGUCUGGUCAGAUUUGGUCAGGAGAUUCAGUGACUCUGAUCUGCAGCAGUGAUUCAAACCCUCCUGCUCUGAACUUCAGCUGGUUUAAGGAGAAUGAAAGCUCAGCUGUUGGAUCUGGACAGAGUUUCAGUGCACUACAGAGUGGACGCUUCUACUGUCAGGCUCACAAUCAACAUGGAUCUCAGAGAUCAGACGCUGUAACUGUCACAGUUCAUCAUGGUGCUGGUAGGAAUGUGAUUGUGAUCGCAGCGUCAUCAGGAGGAUUAUUCUUCAUCAUCAUCAUCAUCAUUAUCAUCAUAUUUAUAAUUCAGAGGAAAAUGAAGAGCAGAAGAUCUGCAGUACAUGAGUAUGAGAAUGAUGAUCCCAGUGCAGGAACAUAUACAGCUCUUGAACUCAGGUCCAGAUCUUCUGACCUCUACGACACACUCACAACUAUCCAUCCCAGACCUGCUGAUCACCAGUCAGGCUCUUCUGAAUAUGAGAAUCAGUCAGUAAGUGUGAGAUCCUCAUGUCUUCUCAAUAUCAUCAAUAAAGAAGAAAAUGUCCUCACUACUAGUCAAUAGAUACUGAACAUCACUUUCAUUCAGUUACACGCUUGACUAGAAGAGUUUCACCAACAGUAAACAAAUUCAGUGUUGUGUAAA